GUCUCUGUGGUCAAUCAAUUGGAUAUGCAAGUCAUUGUUUCUAAUGUGCCCCCAACUCUGGUGGAAAAAAAGAUAGAAGAUCUUACUGAGAUUUUAGAUCGCUAUGUUCAGGAGCAAAUCCCUGGUGCCAAAGUUGUGGUGGAGUCCAUUGGUGCUCGCCGGCAUGGAGAUGCCUUUUCCCUAGAAGAUUACACCAAAUGUGACUUGACUGUCUAUGCAAUCGACCCCCAAACCAACAGAGCCAUUGACAGAAAUGAGCUUUUUAAAUUUUUGGAUGGCAAACUGCUCGAUAUCAAUAAAGACUUCCAACCAUAUUAUGGGGAAGGAGGACGCAUUCUGGAGAUCCGGACUCCAGAAGCAGUGACCAGCAUUAAAAAACGAGGAGAAAGUCUAGGCUACACAGAAGGUGCCUUGCUGGCUCUGGCUUUCAUCAUCAUUCUCUGUUGUAUUCCUGCCAUCUUGGUGGUAUUGGUCAGCUACAGACAGUUUAAAGUACGCCAAGCUGAGUGCACCAAGACAGCACGAAUCCAAUCUGCAUUACCCGCGGCUAAACCAGCAGCGCCUGCCCCGGCACCUGUGGCCGCACCCCCACCACCACCACCACCUCCAGGCGUGCAUCUCUAUGAGGAACUUGGGGACAGCACAAUGCAUAAUCUUUUCCUUCUCUACCAUUUCCAACAAAGCAGGGGAAAUAAAUCAGUUCCAGAAGACAGGAAACAUCAGCACGUUGUUAUGCCCUUUUCUUCCAAUGAUAUUGAGGCUCACAAGCAGACUUAUAUAGAUGAAUCACUUAAGAACGACCAGCCCAAGUCUGCAAGAAAAUUCUCACUGAUAUCUGAUGAGGAUGCCUUAAGUACCCACAACACCCUUUAUAAGGAAAAUAUAGAUCAAAGAACAAAUUCAGACUUUUCACAAAGAACAGAUUCUGUAGGCUCAUUUUUACCCAAAACACAAGCCAAAAAUGAGUCUCUAAGGCAUCCAGGAGAAAAGAUUCAGAGGAUGUGGAAUCAGAACAUCUGCUCACCUAGGAGACCGAUGUGGGGACUGCCCAAUAGACUGGAUACUAUAGAUCUGGAGCAAUGGCGAAGCAACAGGCAGAUCGCUGAAAAUGAAAGUACUGGAACCUAUCCAAACAAAAGGGGUAGUAGUAAUCCUUUGCUUGCAGCUGAAGAUGCCAGCUUAACAGAGAAAGAGGAAAUAAGGCAAGGUGAAUCACUGAUUAUACAAGGAACAGACCAGUUGGAAUCUCUGUCCUCAGACUCUUCAUUUUCUUCUCCUUGGUCUCAUUCCUCAAUCUCUACUUUGCCAACUGUUUCAAGAACUGUGGAACUCAAAUCAGAACCUAAUGUCAUCAUUUCUCCUGCUGACUGUUCCUUGGAACUUUCUCCUUCGAUGCCUUGCAUUUUAAAUUCUCCACUCUUUAGGAGAGAGACAACCAUGUGUAUGUUGACUACUGAAACCAAGAGGAACAUUUUCGAAAAUCUUCCCCAUCCACCAAACAUUUCUCCUUCUCCUCCUCCUCCUCUUGUCCUUACUCCUUUUGCUCUUUCCUGCUCUCAUCCUUCUCAGCCUCCUAGUCCUCCUCCUUUUCCUUUUGCCCCCCUCACUCCCCAUUCUCCUCCCUCUGCUUCUCCUCCUCCACCUCUUCAAUCUCCUUUUCCCUCUCUUCCUCCACCACCUCUUCUUUUUCCUUCUCCACUACCUCCUUCAACUUCAGUUCCAUCCACUACAUGUGUUUGUAUACCAGCUGUUAAACACACUGUCAGUGUGACACCAGCUGAAGAAAUGAAGUCCUCUGUGACACAGCUGUCAACAUCAACAACAGUGUGUAAUGAAGUUGCUCAAAGAGAACCAAAAGGAAUACUCAAACAUGUUAAAAACUUAGCAGAACUUGAAAAGUCGGUAGCUAACAUGUACAGUCAAAUAGAAAAAAACUAUCCACCAACAAACAUCCCAAAACUUCAAACUAACUGCCCUUCAGAGCUAACAAAUAUGGAAAUGACAUCUAAACAAAACCAAGAGAAUUUGCACAAUAUUGUCGAGGGAAUUGAAAAACAAUCUCUCAGUCAAUCUACUUCACUGUAA